AUCUUGAACCCUUGGAGUUGAAUUUACGUGCAGAUUAAGCAAACUUUGUGCAUCUUCGUCUUGUGUAUAUAUUUAGCUUAAAGCCUGUAUGUAUAUGUAUGUAUGUAUCAGCAGUAUCACAGAUUAUAAGUAACACGUACAUACAUACAUACAUACUCCCCAAUUUCCUAAUUUGAGGGUCAGUUUCAUCAGUGAAAGUGAGUAAUGGGGUUUAUAGUUUUGGUUUGGUUUAUUAUGUUCAUCAUGUGUGGGCCGUGUUUGGGUAGAUUUGUGGUGGAAAAGAACAGCUUGAGGGUGUCAUCACCUGAUAAUUUGAAAGGAACAUAUGAAUGUGCAAUUGGGAAUUUUGGUGUCCCUCAAUAUGGUGGAACAUUAUCUGGUUAUGUUGGGUACCCAAAAUCCAACCAGAAGGCGUGUGAAACCUUUGAUUCAUCUUUGAAAUCGGAGCCUGCUGGUGGUCUUCCCCUUUUUCUUCUACUUGAUCGUGGCGAUUGUUUCUUUACAUUAAAGGCAUGGAAUGCACAAAAAGGUGGUGCUGCAGCCGUUCUUGUUGUAGACAACAGACCCGAGCCAUUGAUCACCAUGGAUAUGCCUGAAGAAGAAAACGUGCAUGCAGAUUACGUACAGAACAUAACAAUCCCAUCUGCUCUCAUUAGCAUGUCACUCGGAAAUUCAAUAAAGAAAGCUUUAAACAAGGGCGAUAUGGUAAAUAUAAAACUCGAUUGGACAGAAGCUCUCCCUCACCCUGAUGAGCGCGUAGAGUAUGAGUUUUGGACAAAUAGUAAUGACGAGUGUGGGACCAAGUGUGACAGCCAAAUAAAUUUUGUGAAAAAUUUUAAAGGGGCGGCUCAAAUACUUGAGAAAAAAGGGUACACUCAGUUUACACCGUAUUAUAUCACUUGGUAUUGCCCUGAGGUGUUCACGUUUAGCAAACAGUGCAAAUCUCAAUGUAUUAAUCAUGGAAGAUAUUGUGCUCCGGAUCCCGAGCAAGAUUUUAGUAAAGGGUACGAUGGGAAAGAUGUGGUGGUUCAAAAUUUAAGGCAGGCCUGCUUUUACAAGGUGGCGAAUGAAACCGGGAAGCCUUGGCUUUGGUGGGAUUAUGUGACUGAUUUUUCUAUCAGGUGCCCCAUGAAAGAUAAAAAGUACACUAAAGAGUGUGCAGAUGAAGUUAUUAAGUCACUUGAUAAUGUGUUGUCAAUCUCAGGUGUUGAUUUGAAGAAGAUUGAUGAGUGUGUUGGUGACACAGAAGCAGACGUCGAUAACCCUGUACUCAAGGCUGAGCAACAAGCACAGAUAGGCAAGGGUUCACGUGGGGAUGUAACAAUACUCCCAACUCUCGUCAUCAAUAACAGACAAUAUAGGGGUAAGCUUGCAAAACAAGCUGUCCUAAAGGCUAUUUGCUCAGGAUUUGAAGAGACCACUGAGCCAGCCAUAUGUUUGAGUGAUGAAAUAGAAACAAAUGAGUGUCUAGACAACAAUGGUGGGUGCUGGAUGGACAAAGCUGCCAAUAUUACAGCAUGCCGGGAUACAUUUCGAGGGAGAGUUUGUGAAUGCCCGAUUGUGCAAGGUGUAAAGUUUGUUGGUGAUGGCUAUAAACACUGUGAAGCUUCGGGAGCACUACGCUGUGAAGUUAAUAAUGGAGGUUGUUGGAAAGGCACACAGCAGGGCAGGACCUACUCUGCUUGCAUUGACGACCAUACGAAAGGCUGCAAGUGUCCACCGGGGUUCAAGGGAGACGGAGUUAACAGUUGUGAAGAUGUUGAUGAAUGCAAAGAGAAGACGGCGUGUCAGUGUCCGGAGUGCAAAUGCAAGAAUACAUGGGGUAGUUAUGACUGUAGCUGCAGUGGUAGUUUGCUCUACAUGAGAGAACAUGACACUUGUAUUAGUAAAGAUGGUAAAUCAGAAGUGAGUUGGGGAUUCGUGUGGGUGAUGAUCCUGGGUCUGGCAGUUGCUGGAGCAGCAGGAUAUGCAUUCUACAAGUACAGGGUCCGGACAUACAUGGAUUCCGAGAUCCGGGCUAUCAUGGCACAGUAUAUGCCCUUGGACAACCAAGCGGAGAUUGAAGUUCAUGGGCCGACUCGGGGUAACGUGUAAAAGAGGGCAACAAAGAUAGAGAAGGGUUUAUUUAACGGUUUUUGUUAGUGUUGUCUAUAUGUUUUCAUGAAGUUCUCAUCUGUUUAUACUACAUUUUCUUUUGUUUUUUUUUUUUAAGUUAUAAAACAAGUAGUUUACGUAGUUGGUUGGGUGAAAAUAUUUAAAAUAAAAUGGUUUCUUCAACAUU